GGCUGCCCGGCGGAGCAGCCCUUACGUAGGCAAGCGGCUCCGCUCAACUUGCCACCCGCGCCGGAGAGCUGCCGGGGAGAGCCGAGCCCACCGGAGCCCCGAGCCCAUCGCUGCCCACCCACCCACCAUGGACUGCUGCAACCAGGAGGGCGCCUGCACGAAGCUGGACGAGGACAUCCUGGACAUCCCUUUGGACGACCCCGACGCCAACGCGGCGGCGGCCAAGAUCCAGGCGAGUUUCCGCGGCCACAUGACUCGCAAGAAGAUCAAAGGGGGAGAGAUCGAUCGGAAAACCAAGGACGCCGAGUGCGCCAACAGCACCCGCGGGGGUGACCUCCGCAACGGCGAUUAGGGCUGCCCAGGCGCUCCCCGGACCUCCGCUGGCGCCCGCCGAGGCCCAGGACCCUCUGCUUCUCCCCACCGCUGCCCCCCGCAUGCUGCCCCCGGGGCCCCUCCCCCGCCGGGGCCUCCCACCCCCCGACCCCAGCCCCUGCCCACCCCAAUAAAGGUCCCUGCCA